AAUUAUUAACAAACUACAAAAGUGAUAAGCAAUGAUUAGUCAAAACAAGUGAAGCAAUUUGAGUGCGUCUUAAACCGAGAAAUUUACAUUUUUAUCAAAAAAAAUUAUCAUGUUUACAUAUUACUAAAUCGUUUAGUACAAAUUUAUUUGUCAGUAUUGUUUUAAACAAUGGUCAAAAUGUUUCUAUGCUAUAUAGCGUUCCUAGUGGCGGUUUCUACGGUUCUUUGUGAUAAUAAUGUCCUGUAUUACCAGCCAGAACAAGUUCACAUCGCUUUUGGGAAUAAUAUCCAUCAAAUCGUAGUGACUUGGUCUACAUUUAGUGAUACCGGUGAAUCUAUUGCAGAAUAUGGAAUCGGAGGGCUGAUUUUACAGGCUAAGGGAGUCUCUAAUGUUUUUGUUGAUGGGGGAUCAGCCAAACACACUCAGUACAUCCAUAGGGUCCUAUUGGAUAAUUUAGAGCCUGAUAGCAAAUAUGUUUACCAUUGUGGCAGCAACCUAGGCUGGUCCAAUGUAUUUUCAUUUAAAACUCCUCCGCCAGGAGACAAUUGGUCACCCCAUCUAGUCAUUUAUGGCGAUAUGGGGAAUGAGAAUGCCCAAUCUCUUGUAAGGCUACAACAAGAGACCCAGAGAAGCUUGUAUGAUGCUGUUUUACAUAUAGGAGAUUUUGCUUAUGACAUGGAUUCGGACAAUGGUCAAGUUGGUGAUGAAUUUAUGAGACAAAUAGAACCAGUUGCCGCCUAUUUGCCUUAUAUGACUUGCCCAGGUAACCAUGAAGAAGCCUAUAAUUUCAGCCAUUAUAGGGAAAGAUUUAGCAUGCCUGGUGGUAGGCAAUCGUUAAUGUACAGUUUUGAUAUUGGCCCCAUGCAUAUUAUCUCCAUAUCAACCGAAAUAUAUUAUUUUAUAAACUACGGACUUAAGAGUUUGGUGUUUCAAUAUGAGUGGCUUGAAAAUGACUUGGCUAAGGCUAACUUACCAGAAAAUAGGAAAAAGCACCCCUGGAUCAUUGUAGUGGGCCACAGGCCUAUGUACUGCAGCAACUUAAACUCUGACGAUUGUACCCAUCAUGAAACAUUAACAAGAGUGGGACUACCAUUUUUACACUGGUUUGGACUAGAAGAUCUUUUGUACAAUUAUGGGGUGGAUCUGGAAAUUUGGGCUCAUGAGCAUAGCUACGAACGUCUCUGGCCUAUCUAUAAUUAUUCUGUAUAUAAUGGUAGUUAUGAGGCUCCGUACACGAAUCCCAGGGCCCCAGUUCAUUUUGUAACCGGUUCUGCGGGGUGUAAGGAGGGCAGAGAAGAUUUUAACGCGACACGACCAAGUUGGUCCGCUUUGAUAAGCAGAGAUUAUGGAUAUACCAGGAUGAGGGCUUAUAACGAGACUCAUUUGUAUUGGGAACAGGUUUCAGAUGAUAAACAGGGUGAAAUAAUUGACAGGGUUUGGCUGAUUAAGGAUAGUCACGGACCAUAUGAGUAUUCUAAAAUGGAUAAGAAGAAAAUGGAUGAAAUGAGACUCAGAAAUUUUAAUUAAAAUCAUUUGAGGAGUCUAGAACUACUACUACUAGUUACUAGAUACAUUUAAUACGUAUAAAGAAUUUAGUGCCAUGUUGUAGGUUAAUUUAUAAAACAGCAAGUACUCUUUUUAGGAAAUUAUUGUAAUUUAUGUAACACCAAUAGAGAUUGACACACUUAAUCAUAUAUAUGUUACCAACCUUAAUAAGUAUUAUUAGCAAACUGCAGAAUAUAUUUCUCAUCUUAUCUAUCAUUCCAGUUGUAUCACUUUUAAACUGCUACACAUAUAUUAAGUUUCUCUCAAAGUCAGAACAUAGAAUAGGCACCCAUUUCUGUGACACUUUAAUAAAACUGAAUAAAAAUC